GUGAUCGGUCAAUUCCGUGAUGACGCCGUGUGCAGCCAGUGCGUAGGUAUAUUAUUGUGUGGCUGUCUUUCUUGUAGUGCUAAGCAAGAAAAUCUACUUUGAUUCAAUAAAAUGGCAAAACCCACUAAAGAAGAACUUGAAGAGGAGAUUGCAAAAAUCCUGAAGAGUGCGGACCUAGCAAAGACCUCAACCAAGAAGGUGAUUCAGAAGCUCGAAGAGGUGUUUGAAUGUGAACUGACAGACAAAAAGAAGAUGAUAGAUCAGAUGGUAAUCGAGUAUGUGAACGCUCACGGCUCUGAUGAUGAGGAGAAUGAGGAGGAAGAUGAGGAGGAUGAUGAGGAAGACGAGAAGCCCAAGAGGUCUCCGGCGAAGCGCGCGGCGCCGGUCACCAAGCGGAGCGCUAAGCGCAAGGACUCUUCUGAAGACGAUGACGGCAGCGAGAGCGACUAUGAGGAGAAACCCAAAAAGAAGAAGGGCAAGAAGAAGGACUCAGAUGGCGAUUUCGACAGCGACUGGGCUAAGAAAGAAAAAAAGAAGGCGCCCAAAGCGAAAAAGGCCGGCGGUCGCGGCAAAGGCGGCGGCUACACUCGCGCCUACAAGCUGUCCCCCGCCCUAUCAGAGCUGAUGGGCGCCGAGGAGAUGCCCAGACACGAAGUGGUCAAGCGUGUGUGGGCCAUCAUCAAGGAGAAGCAGCUGUAUGAUCCUAACAACAGGCAAUUUGCGAUCUGCGACGACGCGCUAUACAAAGUGAUCGGCACAAAACGCUUCAGGACAUUUGGCAUGAUGAAGUACCUAAAGACACACUUCCUUGACGAAUAAAUAAAUAAAUAGCUAAGCGUGAUCCAAGGAAGAGGUUACAAUAACAAUCAUACAGUUUGUUGUGUGCAAAUUUUAAGGGAGUUGACGCGAGAGAAUUCGCCGGUAGGACGCUGGUGUUGUGAAAGGUCAGUUUUUAAACAUUGAAUAUUUUUACUGGCAUAAAUCGUCUAAAUAACAGUGAAAACUGCAUUAAAAUCCGUUGCGUGGUUUAAAAGAAACAGGCUUAGAUACAGACAGACGGGGAGGGCGAUUUUGUUUUAUAUAGUGAUGUAUAACAAUUUAUAUUGCUGUAAAGUUCUUACAGAUUUUUCGACCUUACUGAGUAACUCCACGAAUUUUUAUAGAUUUUAAUUCAUUAUGCUUCAUGUCCUCGCCUUAGUGUGAUUGUGUUACUGUAACGUCUUUUUAUGGAUUGUAAUUUUAAGGUAAAUGAACGUAUUUGAAAACUGUUGCGUUCUAAACGUAUGCAAUUAACUUUAAAAACCUUGCUCAGCCACUUGAAACUUUGACGCUAUAUAAUAAAGUUAAUUUUUGCGUGAAGAAUCAGUGGUCCCAGAAUGAAAUUUAAACUGAAAUCAGGUCCAAAUUUUGUGUUUAGCAUUUAUAAAAGUACGUCAGACAAUUUUCACAAUGUUCUUUUUUUAUUUAUUAAGUAUAGUGUUACUGUUAAGAAUAGUACAGUACAGAUUAUUGUGUACAAAAUCUAUUGUUAUAUGAUUCGGUGAUAAAAUUGAUACACUUCAAUAACUUAAGGAUUUUUUAAGACUGAUUUCGAAGUUCCUUUUCCUAGUCAGUAAGACUGAUGAGAAAAAAAAAUCCUAGUCAAGUUAAAAAUACAUGUACAGUGAGCAGAAAAACAUUCUCAGCCAUUGCAAUAUUCCAUCGCUGUUAAAGUCAGCGGUUUAUGGCAGCGUGACAUUAAGUUGACUGAAGGUUUUAUUUUUCUUGUUAGGUUUCUUCCGCAGACACUGUUCUAGUUAGCACUUGAUACUAGAAAAAAUCUGUCGGCUAAAAGUUCGCUGAACGUGGCGAAUUCAACGUACAUUGCUGGUUUUUCCUUGCGGUAACAAAAAACUCACAUAUAAACUAGGCAAUGUAGGUUAAUUCGCGUCUGCAUUCGUUUUAGUUCGACCAUAGUCUUUGUAAAUUGAUUUUUAAUGUAAUUUCAUCACUCAAUUGUCUUCGUCUGUGUACGGUUUUACUAAUUAAAUGUACAGGGUUUUGUGUUAUUACGGUUGUAUUAAUUAUGUUAUGUCCGAACCUGAAAACUCCGUUUGCGCGAUUUAGGAAUUUCUUGUAAAUGCCUACACUGCCAUCUAUCGGUAGUCUUACGAACUUAUGUUACAGUUUUAGCAAAGGCGGCGCCACAUUAACAAUCAUAAUGUAAUUAAAUUGAAAGUAAUGAUGGAGCGUUAGUGUUUAUUUGUUGUGCAGCUCUUAUUUUUCAAUUUAAAUAUUGUUUAGCAUAGUGGAUGUCGAGUAUAAUUUUGGAUGAAGAUAUUGAAGUGUAUCAAGUUGUAUGUUUGCAUUGAACAUAUGUGUAUCUAGCGAGCUAGAAGUCCCUAAGGACUUGUAUGACAUGAUAAUAAAAAUAUACAAAUCUA